AUGAAACCAUUUGGAAGCAGAGUCCACCUGAGCCUCUGCAUCGUCUUCUUCUCAUCGAUCCUCGCUUUGAUCGUCAUGGCUGAAUCUACCGGAGCACCAGCACCAACCUCCGAAGCUAAGGUUCACAUCAUCUACACCGAGAAACCCACCGGUAAUGAAGAUCCCAGAGCUUACCAUCUCCGUACCCUUACCUCCGCUCUCGGCAGUGAGCAAGCGGCGAAGGAUGCUCUAAUUUACACUUACAAGGAAGCUGCUACUGGUUUUUCAGCUAGGCUUACACCUGAGCAAGUCGCCGAGAUAUCGAAACAACCAGGUGUGAUUCAAGUUGUGCCAAGCCAAACUUAUAAGUUGCACAGUGGUCGUGUUGGUGGCUUCAAGUUGCACUAA